GUAUGGAUUUGGUGCGCGCGCGGGAUCGCUUGAGGGUGCCGUCGCCAGCGAGCGCCACCGUCACAACAGGCCACAAUUGCUAGCGCGCAAGAGCGCUCCUCUCAGUGUCCUUCGAUGCUGAUCGGUUCGAUUCGCCAUCAAUUGUACUUCAUUCUCAGUUUUUACUCAACGACCCAUAGACUCGGAUGUCCGCAGGCGGUCUCUCGCCUUCAUAUAUAACUCAUGAAGCACCGUUGCUGCACCCCAUUCUGCCGUCCAGUUUGUCUUCCCUCGGCCUCUCAUCGACAUUCUACUUCUACUGUACCACCACAGCACGCUAAGUAUACGUCGGUGGAAUGGACAGCGCAAGCUCUGGCUGUACUGCACAGCAUACUCUUGAGCCGCAGGGUGCAUUCGUCACGUCUCUGGACGAGGAGGUGAUCACUGAGCGACCCCUUUAUGUUGCAGAUGCCGGGGAGCUUCCGCAGCUACGGUGUCAGGGAUUGUACCCCGACAUGAGCACCGCGGCCCCGAGGCGUACAGUUGCCCUAGGAUGGCACGAGCCGUCGGCAUAUUCGCUUUCGUCGGCCAUAAAUUUGACGAGCACUCGAGAGACGCAUGCAGUCGGGACCGAUGCACUCUUUUUUGACACCCCCUCUUUAGACACGCCCUUGGAGUUCUUCGACACACCCUCUCUCAACACACCCUCUCUCAACACACCCUCUCUCAACACACCCUCUCUCAACACACCCUCUCUCAACGCAUCCUCUCUGUACACACCCUCUUUCUAUGCAUCUUCCUUUGGCAACCCUUCCUAUGCAAGUCCCUUCGACUUCGACCACACCAUGAUGUCUCCGUUCGGUACCUCACAACUUGGCCCAGCACCGGACGAAGGCCACCAACGCUGUUUUUCCGACUCGGAGCCCUUCGGUGGCAACUGGCCUCCGUCGAGCAGCCUCCGAGUCGAUCGACCGGUGAGGCCGAUCCCUCAGUCUGUUACAGGCUCCUUCCCAUCCGCCUUCGGGGGUAGAGGGGAUGAAUCCGAGUGAGCGAAUACGAUGCUCAUUCUCGAUCCUAAGUCCUGUA